AAACUUUGAUUUCGUUUAAAACUGAUUGAGUUUUCAUUAAAAUUUAAUGAAAUGGGACACCUGGAUAAGUGCCGUGUCUGCUUUACGGCGGUAGCGCGGGAUGACGAGGCCUACAACCUACUGGAGCUACCAAAGCUGGCCGCCAAGUUCUCGGAUUGCACCGGUUUGGUUGUGGAUCCCGACGAUGUCCACAUUAUUCCCAGCGAGAUCUGUUGCCAGUGCUACGAGCAGUUGGAGAUGUACCACGCCUUUCGCGCCCUCAGCCUCACCGCCGAUCGUAAGUGGCGGCUUAAGAAAAAGGUGAAGCGGAGGGAAAUUAUCCAGGAGGAGCCCAUGUUCCUUGAAGAGAACCAAGAAGCACAAGGACAGGAAAUGGUAGAGGAACAAGAAAUGGAAGAAGAACUGGGUAUGGAGGAACAACAGAAUGAACUGGAAAAUCAAGAACAGGUGGAAGAAGAGGAGUCAAAUGCUGACCAGGAGCAGCCUUCCCUCCAACCGCCCGAGUUGAUCCUCUGCGAUGGGAACCUAAGUCCCAAGGAAUCACCAAUAGUUUCAAAAAGAUUGAUAACCUUUCAAGCACAACAUGUACUUAAUUUGUUCUCUACAUUUCAGGAGACUGAUGUCAUCUCGACAUCUGAUGCCGUCUACACCUGCGACUUAUGCUCCGAGGAAUUCGAUGAUCACAAACGCCUAGUCAACCACAAAAAGGAACACGAUGGCCACAGCCUCUAUCAUUGCUCGGAAUCAGGCUGCGAACAGUCCUUCAAUCGCUACGAGCAGUGCAGGCAACACGAACUGCUGCACGCAGCGGAGGGCACACGGUUUAUCUGCGGAGAGGAGGGCUGCCACAAGAUGUACCGGCACAAGGCUUCCCUAAAGCUCCACCAGAGCAAGGCCCACGGUCUUGGGGAGCCCCCAAAGACGCAUAUGUGCGAGUUCUGCGGCCGAGUGUUCCAGAAUCUGGCCGCCUUGACCCACCAUCGGCACACGCACAGCGACCAACUGAAACUGCCCUUCGCCUGCGAGAUGGCCGACUGCACGCUGAGGUUCAUCAGCCAGGAGAAGCUCCGAAUUCAUAUGAUGCGGCAUCAGGGAAUUAAGAACUACAGCUGUCCCUAUUGUGGACUGCGAAAGACUACCAAAAAUGAGCUGCGACUGCAUAUUAACUUCCACACGCUGGAGCGGAGCUGGAAGUGCAAAUAUUGCUCCAAGGUCUGCAACAGCUCCACGAGCCUCAAGAAGCAUGUAAACGCCAUUCACGAGAAGAAACGGGAUUAUGCCUGCAGCUACUGUGAGAAAUCGUUUGCCAAUUCGAAUACCCGGAAGUACCACGAGAUGACCCACACCGGCGAGAAGAACUUUGAGUGUCAAGAGUGCGGCAAGAAGUUCAUACAGCCGGCGGCCCUACGGACUCAUCGUUUGAUCCAUGAAAGGAAGGUUGUCAAAGAGGGAGAAGCAUCGACGCCUGCCGGGGAAACAUUGAUGACUUCCAUACCUCAAAUCGAGGUUGCUACUCCGGUGAUAGUGGCACAACUACAGCCGGCUUAUACUAUUCUCCAGGUGACGAGCUUGGGUUAUCCGACUUUGUAAAUGAAAGAUACCUUGGGGCGUCUUUCUUGUUUUACUUAAAUUUUCAAUUAAGCUUUAC